AUGGCCCUCAAGCGUAGAGAUGUUAUUGCUGCAGGACUCGCCGCCUUUAUAGCCUGGGGCUUUGCUGCGAGCUGGUCACCUAUCCUCCGCUGGGCGGGUCAUGCCUUUGUUGCUGGCUCACUCGUCACUCUUAUCGCCCUCUUAGCCGGUCUCUUCCUCAUCUCUAGACGUCCCAACGACGGCAAUUUACGACCACACGGAGUCACCUUUCUAGGUGCAAAAUCAUGGCGAUCCGAGGUGCAGGCGCUGCGCCAGCGACAAUCAUAUACUCCCAUUCCAAUCGACCCUGAAUCACCCCGCGUUUCUAAGGCUAUCGACGACCUGCUUGGACUUAUAAUCCGCGACUUUGUGAACAGUUGGUAUUCCAACAUUAGCAGCAACCCUGCCUUUACAAAUCAAGUUGAUCAUGCUGUGCGCCAGGCACUGUUGAGCUUGUGCGAUUUCGUUCGUGAGAAGGAUCUGGCGGAUCUUGUCACUAGCCGUCUGGUUCCUCUGCUCACCGCCCACUUUCGCGACUUUUACGAAGCGGAGAAAUCAGUACGAGGGAAGAAACUUAAUCGUUCUGUGACUGAAUCUGAAGAGCUUGACCUGGCUAUUGCUUCGAAAUUUUGCGAUGGACGUUUACACCCUGCCGCUUCCUUGUCGUUCCCCGACACCAAGAUGGUUCAGCAGGACUACCUCCGAUCUCUUGUCGCAAAGAUUGUACCUCGCAUCCUCCCAGAGGACAUGCUUUCUAGUCGAGCUGUCUCUAUCAUCAUUCGAGAGAUUGUCGGAUGUGCCGUGUUGUUCCCCGUGAUCCAGCUUCUCUCCGAGCCCGAUACCUGGAACCAACUGAUGGAGAAUUUGGGGCGUUCAAUGCUUCAGGACAGAUCAACUGUACGCAAGCUCCGUGCAGCCUUGGACCAGCAUGCUCCGUCUACACCAAAAGCCAGUAAAAUAGCUUCCAUGCCCCGAGUUGCACCAGGUGAUAACGAGCGCAAGUUCGAAAAGUUCAUUCGUGCUAUACGCAAGGUCAACAACCUGUCGGAUGCGCGCCGUUUUCGCAGCGAAGUUGCAAGCCAACUCAAAAGGGAUUCCCUCCAAGACAAUCAAGACCAAGUAUAUCUCCGUCGACUCGAGAUGGGAAAGAGGCUACUCGAUCAACGUGUCAACCAUCUAGCAGCUGGUGGCGAACGUCGCCCGCCUGGACCCUUACCUUUACAAUCAACCUCUUCUUCGCACUCAAAACUGGAGAGUGCGCCCCUCGUCGAUAUCUUGCGGGACCCUUCAGCACUUUCCUACUUUAUGGAAUUCAUGGAUCGCCAAAAACACAUGCCUCUAGUGCAGUUCUGGCUUGUCGUUGAUGGGUUUAGAAAUCCUCUGGAAGAUGAUGGUCCGGAUGACGAGCUACCGUCAACCCUACCGAUGUGGACAGAUUCCGAUCGUCAAGACCUACAACAGAUAAACCAGGCCUACCUGUCAAUGCCUGAAUUAAAGGUCCCGGACCAUGCGAAGAACGAAGUCAAAGAGUUUCUCAGGGCAGGAAAGACAGCCACGCCUAUGCAAUACUACAGGGCCCGACGAGCUAUCUUAAGAGCCCAGAGCGCUGUUUUAGAAGAAAUGCAAAACCGCUUCUUCCAAAUGUUCAAAAGAUCCGAUUUGUUUUAUAAAUGCCUUGCAGCUGAGGAAGCAGCAAAUCUUCAGACCCUGAGGUCGACACCCCAACCAGAAAUUCCAGUAUCAGCACCCAACCGGUCCAGCAAGACUUUACCAGCCAAGCCGAGGCCGGUAUCUCGAUUAACCCCCCAACUAUCGAAUGCAGGAAAGCGUACAGGAUCUGCAUCGGAUCUUAGGUCUUUGACUACCAACGGUAAUGGGUCUGGCCAUCGAGCUAGGCGCUCGCUGGACGAGGGCACCUCAACUCCCCUAUUUGAAGACGACGACAUCGAUACAGAUGGAUUGGGGGAUUCUGUGCAAAGCCUAGACGCAGAUACGAACAGUCAACAAAUGCCAGACACACAAGUAGUCCAGGCGGUGGAGCAAGCUUUUACAGAUAUUAUGGAGGGUGAUCGUCCACAGACUGCUGAGGAUCUGCGGGCCUCCCUUUUUGGUGGCGCCAGUGCUAACAGUAUUGGUGGCAUCGACGACAGCACAUCAAGUCUUUUCUCGGGGAAUGACAACGAAUCUCAUCGAGGUUCUCUGGAUAUGGGAGCUCGACCAGGCAUGCCGGUUAAGGAAGGCGAAAGGCCGAGCCUUUCGUCUCUUGGUCUCGUCAGUGCUGCUUCACGAAUUGGUGUCUUUGUAGACGACGAUCUUUUUGGCGACAAUAAUAAAGAUCUUCCCGAUGAUGGUGAGCCAGACGACGGCCCGGCACCAGAUGACGAGGACGAAGUGCAUGAAGCAGCUCCAGGAGACCUUGGACUGGUAGAAGCUAUCAGUGUUCUUUCAAACGACAUCGAUCGUUUGGUGGCACAGGAAGCAGUUGUCGAGUCUCUGACCCGAAAGGCAGAAUUAACUAACAACACCGCCGAACUACGAAUUCUCAGAAAGUCAAAAGCGUCUCUGCACAGGGAGAUCAGGCGCAAGGAACUUCAACGACAACAGUACGUGGUUCAAGAGAGCGAUAACAGUCUCUACGGACGCUCGACCAUUAAAAUCAAAUCCAUCCAAGUAGGAAAAGAGGAGGAUGGCCGAGAAUUUGCUCUAUACGUUGUUGAAGUUCAGAGAAACGCUGGAGAGCAAAUGCCUGCGGCGUCUUGGGUGGUGUCAAGGCGAUACAGUGAGUUUCACGAACUUCACCAGAAGCUACGGUCACGGUAUCCUUCGGUUCGGAAUCUUGACUUCCCUCGACGGCGUAUGGUAAUGAAGUUCCAAAGCGAGUUUCUACGCAAGAGACGGACUGGUCUGGAGCAGUAUCUAAAAGACCUGCUUCUCCUGCCAGAUGUUUGUCGUAGCCGAGAUCUCAGGGCGUUCCUUUCUCAAAGUGUAAUUACACAAGGCCAGGAUAUGCUGGAUCGUGAGGACAAGAAAGAUAUGAUGACUCGGUUCUACGAUUCUGUUGCAGACGGAAUGGACGAUAUCCUUGGAAAUAUUCCUGUUCUAGACCAGAUUUCUGAGGCUGGUCAGAACUUAAUUGCGGCGGCUACCAACCAACUCAAUGCGGUUCCGCUCAAUGUCAACGAAGACGCCUUCCCAGCCGCCGAGGCCGAGGCGGAGCUGAACGCCUUUGAGAAUAAGGAGCUUGAACCGUUCAUUAAACCGAUCUGCGACAUCUUUCUUGAAAUUUUCGAGCUCAACAAGGGAAACAACUGGCUCCGUGGCAGAGCGGUAGUAGUUGUUCUCCAGCAACUCCUUGGCGGUACUAUUGAGAGAAAAGUGCGAGAUAAUGUCAAGAUGCUUGUACAAGAUGAAUACAUUCUCAAAUGCGUUGGCUUGGUUCAAGAUAGCCUUUGGCCAGAUGGUCAGCUACAACGGGACCGUAAGCCACGGACAGCCGCCGAGAAGAAAAAGACUCGAACCGAGGCGAGCUUGAUGCUCGCCACGUUGGUGCCAGAUCUCGCAGGCAGCGUUGUAGGAAGAGUUAACGCGCAGACAGCCAGUCGUCGUAUCUUUGCGACAUUGAAUAACUCGAGAUUGAAUGCACAUUUGGUAUUCACUAUGAUUGACGAAAUCGUCUCGGUUCUUUUUGACGAACCAUAG